UUUGCGCAUGCCCAAGCCGACUCCACUUUUACAUAACAAGAUGGCGGCGCCCUGUAGGAAGCUUGCGAGGACGGGGAUGUUUAAAGGUUUGUGUCCGAUUUCAGGCCGGUCACUAUGGACACAAAGGUGCCUGGUCAAGUUACAGGCUCUGAGGUGCAUUCCUCCCCGGUGUCUCACCCGACUCUACCGGCCACUGACCACCACCAGGUCGACACUGAUCAGCACCAAAACAGAACAGCCGAGAAGCACCGAUCAGCAGAAAACGACUGACACGCAGAAAGAGCAAAAGAAAGAGACUGAGGAGGAGGAGGAGGAGGAGGAGGGACCAGCGUACAUCCCCACGAGAAAGGCCAAGAACCCCAUGAUGAAGAUCGGCUAUGCCUGGAUGAUAGGUCUCCCUGCAGGUAUAAUAGGGUUCAUCCUGACCAAGAGAGAGGUGGAUAAGAACCGCCUGAAGCAGCUGAGGAUUCGCCAGCGGAUGAACCGGUCCAAUGAAGGAGAGUACGAGGGCAGCCGCUACCGCAACAACAGACUGGACUGAUCCCAACUACAUUGAGAAGAUGUGUGUGUGCGUACUUGAGUGAAUGUGUAUGUCUGCAGCCUGUGUGUGUGUUCACUGCCUCUGCUACCAUUGGACUGACGAAGCGUUAAAAAGAGACUGAUGUAUACAGAUUGGAAACAGUUGUUGAGAGACACCCGUACUACUUUGCUCGGUGUUCACACCUACAAGAAUGUAUAUGAAUCAACUGUAAACAAGUCCAUGAUGAUCACACAGACUGUCUGCGUGGGUCAGUAUAGGAUCCAGAGUUCUUCCUAUGUCUUGACCUUUAUCAGGAAAACGCUGGCCAUGUCACUCUGCUACGUUCAACAGACCUUUUCUUUCCAGAUUUUUGAAACGUGCACCCUGCAAACUGUGUUCCCAUAUGAUUUCUCUCAACAGUCAAUCGUUUAAUAUCAAUAGUCUAAAACAUCCAUUCUUCUCAUGUGGUAGAAUAGAAGCUUGUAUUUUAAUGUUUGGAGUUGUGAAUUUGGGCCUUUUCUCAGUUUUCUGCUAUGUCAUCAAAUGUUCUGUUCUGAGGGUUCUAAACACAUUUGAGCCUAGAACUGUAUGUUCAAGCCAGUACAUGACAAUUAGGCUAAACAUUUCACAAUACUAUAAUAGGUACACUGUAUGUGUUAACAAGUACAUCAGAAACAGUUAUUGCAUUUACAUAAAAUGAAAAUGAAUUUACAUCUAUAAGAUGGCAUCACUGAGACAAGACCACUACCAAACAGCGUAUCAAAAUCACGCCAAUCAGCCCAGAGCUUUCGCUCAUGAUUACCUUGUUGUUACCUAUGUUUAAAUCAUAGAAAAGCAGAGUAAAAAUAAAUACAAAAAAGAGCAGCGGAUAAUUUAUCCAGAGUGGGUGGAGGAGGUGAGGCCAGACAGGGUAGUCAUCUGCUCUUACUCCUGUGCAGUACUGAUGAGCUUAAAUUAAUAUGUGUCUCAGAGCAGACAUGAUGUAUUGUAUGAAGUUUUGCAGUGUUUGUAUGGGGUGAAAUAGAUGGGGGGUAUUUGUGAUGUUCCUCUGGGUACCAGCUCAUGUGGGUGUAGAGGGGAAUGAGGAAGUGGAUAUUAUUGCCAAUCAGGCUCUUAAACAUCCUGAUGUUGAGAUGGAAUUGUCAAUUAGUAAAGCAGAAGCUAAUGGAUUAAUAAGAACAGUGGCAGGAGUUGUGGAACAGGGGGAGUAAGGGAAGACAUGUGUAUAAGAUUCAGGAAAAGGUGGGGGCAGGGAGGACCUCAGGCCAAAGAGAGAAGGGAGGAAAGUGUAGUCACAAGGCUAAAGAGUGCAUUGAAAGGGGUGGGGAAACAUCCGACUGGGAGGUGUGAUCAUUGUCAGGAAGGAGAUAGAGACAGUGGAACAUGUUCUGUUUCAGUGCCAGAAAUAUGUGAUAAAGGGAGCGAUUGCCAUUAGAUUUGAGGAGUUGAAGAGCCUUCAUUGUCUCUGGUCCACACUCCAGUCCAGUUGGUGCCGGUAAUGCACCUUAAAGUUGGUUGCCAACCGCCAUAUGAAAUCCACAGAAGAAGAAGUAAAAAUAAAACCUCUCUACUUUGA